CGCCCGUCCUCCAUCCCGCGGUCCCUUCCCGCUGCCUACGCGGGUGACCCUUAGGUCGCGGUGUCCCGCGCCGCCAUGGCGGGCGUCAGAGCCCUGAUGGCGUCGAGGUGGGUGGCUUCCGCAUUCCUGUCCGCUUCGGGCCGCCUGCGGCCGCUGCCAUCUCCACGAGCGGCCCUUCACGGCUCCGCGCCGCGCGCCGGGCCUCGGGUCGCGGUGGUGCUGUCUGGCUGUGGAGUCUACGACGGGACCGAGAUCCACGAAGCGUCCGCGGUCCUGGUGCACCUGAGCCGCGGCGGAGCCGAGGUCCAGCUCUUUGCUCCUGACGUCCCUCAACUGCAUGUGAUCGACCACACCAAGGGGCAGCCUGCCGAGAGCGAGACCAGAAACGUCCUGAGGGAAUCUGCGAGGAUCGCCCGGGGCAAGAUCACUGACCUGGCCCAGCUCCGCGCAGCCGACCACGCCGCCGUCAUCUUCCCCGGAGGCUUUGGUGCCGCCAAGAACCUGAGCACGUUUGCUGUGGACGGCAAGGACUGCAGGGUCCACCGUGACGUGGAGCGGGUGCUGAAGGAGUUCCACGAAGCCGGGAAGCCCAUCGGCCUGUGUUGCAUCGCGCCGGUGCUCGCGGCCAAGGUGCUGAGAGGUGUGGAGGUUACGGUGGGCCACGAGCAGGAGGAGGGCGGCAGGUGGCCAUACGCCGGGACGGCAGAGGCCGUGAAGGCCCUGGGCGCCAAGCACUGCGUGAAGGACGUGACCGAAGCCCAUGUUGACAGGGGGAACAAGGUGGUUACGACGCCAGCCUUCAUGUGUGAGGCCGCACUGCACCACAUCUAUGACGGCGUGGGCGCCAUGGUGCGCGGGGUGCUGGAGCUCGCCCGGAAGUGACUGCGCUGGCGAGGCAGCCUGCUGCAGCCUGGGGCAUCCUCAGCUGAGGGCCCCGGGGCUCCAGGCCGCCCUUCCCCAGGGCACAGCUCGGACCUCUGGGAAAAGGUUUUUUUCCAAGCUUAAUCAGAAUAUCAGAAGCACUUGCGGAUGAAGGAAGGCCUUCCGGGCAGGCGUCGUGGUGCGGUGGGUAAGCUGCUGGCAGCAGUGCCGGGUUGCUCACUGCACCACAGCUCCCUGCUGCUCACCCGCAAAGGCAGCAGGAGGGGCCACGUGUGCACACCUGCAUCCACGGUGCUCCUGGCUUCCCCUGCCCCGGCCGUGGGCUUUGAGAGCAUUGGAGGGAAUGCGUGGGCUGAAUUCUGUCACUCUGCUUUUCACAUGAAUAAAUUGCCUAAAUCAGCA